UGCUAAGUUGUGUAGAGAAGACCUGAUCUUGUUCCACUAGUGUAGCCAACAGAGACGGAGAUGGCUGCCAGUUUCCUUCUCGCUAUCCUGGUACUUGUUUCUGCUGCAGGCAGCACAAGAGGUGAUAGUUAUACCAUCACCGUCUACACCAGCGGUCACUAUUCCAUCAGUGUUGGGGGAAAUGUCUGGCUGAAUAGCGCCCCGACUUUCUUCCGAGCCAACAAUAAGCUUUACAGCACCGAUGAUGGCUCCUUGAAGCUUCUGGAGACCACAGUAACAUCUGGAUCUGACUUCAUCGGCAAAUGGCAGGCCACCAACUUCCUCUACCAAGCCGACACUCACCGCUUUCUAGCCGGCAUCUACCUCUACACGCCCGACCCAAAUAUCUUCUCCUACAACAACCCACCUGAACAAUUUGUCAUCUUCAAACAGACGUACCUAAACGCAACGAAUGGAACGAUGGCAAACACAAAUGAUGACGUCAUAGCCGGGUUUCCUGGUUUCGUUGUGGAGAAUACGCCUGUACCCCGUGGCUUCCUGUCGUACGGUGGUGGUCAAUUUGGAUAUCAAGAAAAAACAUUUGGAGAUUUUUUGCCUCCACUUAACAUUUCCGACGGCAUCACAAGUGGCCCCUUCUGUAUAUUCGACCGGAACAAGACUGCCAACACUUUCAUCUUGUCUCCUGCCAGUACCUUCAUGUCCGCCAAUCUCAUGUACCAAAAAACCGACACAUUAGCCAACAUCUACUGGGGAACUAUGGGUGGUGUUACCAACGUUCCCGCCAACUUUGAAACCAGCACCAUCCUCGUCUUCAGCAACCAAGGCAUCAACAAGGGAUUUGUCAGUUGGGGGCAAAUCCUGCAAAAAAUGUACAGAAGAGACGACAGUUUUGUCAAGUCAGACUUCACCAACAACUAUUUGGGGUACUACACGGACGGCGGUGCAUAUUACUAUUACUAUACAGAACCUCAGAAAAAUUACCAAGACACCAUAAUCGACAUUGCUACUGCUAUCAGUGACACAGGAAUACCCUUCAGAUACCUGCAGUUCGACUCCUGGUGGUACUACAAAGGUGUGGGAAAUGGGGUCAAGACAUGGGAGGCCACCCCAGAAGUAUUUCCAAACGGCAUGCAGUGGCUGUACAACAAAACAGGCUUGCCACUUACAGCACACAACAGAUACUGGGCAAGCGACACAACGUACGCUAAACAGAAUGGUGGUCAAUAUUCUUUUAUUGUUGAUAAGACGAAGGCCCUUCCACUUGAACAGACAUUCUGGGACGACCUCCUCGGCAACGCUCGAAAAUGGGGCUUAAUGACAUAUGAACAGGACUGGCUACAAGGUGAGUUUGGCGGAGUUGCUGCUCUCACUGAGGAUGUUCACCUGGCAGAGACUUGGCUCAAUCAGAUGGGACGUGGAGCUGCCAAGAAUGGCCUGACAAUACAGUACUGCAUGUCUCUCUGCAGACACGCACUGCAUGCGAUCUCCAUCCCUGUCGUAACACAGAUAAGAGCUAGCCAAGACUAUCACCCUGGACAGGACCAGUGGCGUAUUGGAGUCACGUCCAUGCUGGCCUAUGCUAUCGGCAUCGCUCCCUUCAAAGACAACUUCUGGACCACGACAAUUCAACCGCGAGGAAAACAUUCAAACAGAACAGAACCGUAUCCGGAGUUGAACGCAGUGGUGGCCACUCUCAGCACAGGGCCUGUCGGACCAAGUGACAUGAUCGGCAAAUUCAACAAGACGAUCAUAAUGAGGAGUGUGAAUUCGGACGGACUGAUCCUGAAACCAUCUAGACCCGCCACAGCUAUAGACAACAUGAUCAGAAGGCUGGCGUGGGACGAUUUUGAAGGUCCAGAUGGUGAAGUGUGGUCAACAUAUUCUGACUUCGGUGGCAACAACAAAUACGGCAUCGUGCUUGCUGCUGACCUUCAAGGAAGCUACAGCAUGACCCCGUGUAUGGCGGGAUUCCAAGGGUUCCCCAAGUCUAUGGUGUUCUCUGCCAAAGACCCCAACAAGGUGCAGCUGCUGACAGACCCCCAGCCUCUCCUGCUGAGUGGUUGUACCAUGGUGGACUUCUGUCUGUACUAUGUCUCACCCGUUACAACAUAUGGAGGUCACCAGGUCUUGAUUCAAGGAGAACUUGACAAGUGGGUGCCAAUGUCUCCACAGAGAGUUGUUGACAUCAACUUUGACAGCAGCGACAUCAUCGUCCGUAUUGCAGGGGGAGCUAAUGAAAUUGUCAACUUUUCGUUCAACACUGACGGCGUGUCAAAAAGUCUUCAAUGUGACCUUGGCGACUCAGGAUAUGCUACUAUAAGUUACAAAGCCUGGGGAUGCACAUAUGGAUAGUGUACAACAUGCGUCACAGUUUAUAUUAUGACGUCAUUUGUAGUAAUAAAUGCCUAUAUAUUUUGAGACAUUUAAUACGAUGGCUGAUUUAAGCUUGUCUAUUGGUAUCACACUCUUUUGCAUAAACUUCAUAAAAGAAGGACCACGUAAGAUGAUAAUCAACAGACCUAUUCA